AGCUUCAGUUAGUACGGAGUACUAUAUAUCAGCAUUGAGCAGCGUGCCCAAUUUCUUAGUAUAGCAUAUUACAAUAUAUUUAAUACGGCGAGUUGCCGGAAAAUCAAGAAGAGCUAGCAAUGGAUCACUCGGCGGAUGCACAUAGGACUGAUUUGAUGACCAUAACGAGGUUUGUGUUGAAUGAGCAGAGUAAACAUCCUGAAUCCCGUGGUGACUUCUCUAUCUUGCUCAGUCACAUUGUUCUUGGUUGCAAGUUCGUCUGCACUGCUGUUAACAAGGCAGGUCUGGCCAAACUCUUAGGGCUUGCCGGUGAAACGAAUGUGCAGGGAGAAGAUCAAAAGAAACUGGAUGUACUCUCAAAUGAAGUAUUUAUCAAGGCUUUGGUUAGCAGUGGCCGAACAUGCAUUCUUGUCUCUGAAGAAGACGAAGAGGCUACAUUUGUGGAGCCAGCUAAACGUGGAAAAUACUGUGUAGUUUUUGAUCCUCUUGAUGGAUCCUCGAACAUCGAUUGUGGCGUUUCUAUUGGAACGAUCUUUGGGAUUUACAUGAUCAAAGAUGGUCAUGAACCAACACUAGAUGAUGUCUUGCAACCUGGGAAGAACAUGUUAGCUGCUGGAUACUGCAUGUAUGGAAGUUCUUGUACGCUAGUUUUGAGCACUGGAUCUGGAGUUAAUGGUUUUACCCUUGAUCCCUCUCUUGGCGAGUUCAUUCUAACUCAUCCUGACAUCAAGAUUCCUAAGAAAGGGAAGAUCUAUUCAGUAAAUGAAGGGAAUGCCAAGAACUGGGAUGGUCCAACAACCAAAUAUGUGCAGAAUUGCAAGUACCCCACCGAUGGUUCUUCACCAAAAUCUUUGAGAUAUAUUGGAAGCAUGGUUGCUGAUGUUCAUCGUACAUUACUCUAUGGUGGUAUCUUCUUGUAUCCAGCAGAUAAGAAAAGCCCCAAUGGGAAGCUGAGGGUUCUAUACGAAGUAUUUCCCAUGUCAUUUCUGAUGGAACAAGCAGGAGGCCAAUCAUUUACCGGGAAGCAGAGGGCACUUGACCUAGUUCCAAAGAAGAUACACGAACGCGCUCCUAUAUUCCUUGGUAGUUAUGAUGACGUUGAAGAGAUCAAAAAGCUUUAUGCUACUGAAGAGCAGAAAUGAUGGAUGGAUGUACAUAACCUCUGAUCAUCACUUUAGUGCUCUUGCUGGUGCAGAUAACUGAUUUCUCAAAUCAGAGCAAGUUGCAGAUUGUUAUAGUUAGAGAAUUGCAGAUGAUGUUUAUGUUGCACAAUAGCUGCUGCUGUGAUGCGAUAAUACGUGCAUAUUACUGUCUUGUUCUAAUUUUUUCUCCCAAGUAACUACUACUUAUCAACAAUAAAAGGUUGAAUAGAGAAGUUCUGGCUUAUAUAUCGCUCA